AUGGACAUUGCUUAUCGGUACUCAAGAGGUGUCCGAAUUAGUCCAGAGCAUCGUAUCACAGAUCUUGAAUACGCUGAUGAUAUAUUUCUUUUUGCUGACAGUUAUAACGAAAUCCAAGUACAUAUUACGGAUCGAGCCUAUAAAAUAUCACAAAAUUACAUCUAUCUUCGUUCAAAUACCACUUGCAUAAAUAAUGUUAUCACAGAGUGCGGCCUUAGCUGGUUAGGGCACAUUCUCCGUCUUCCACCACAGGAGUUGAUACAUAUUUCGUUAUUUGCUAAACCGUGUGAUGGUUGGCGUCAAAACCGAGGCCCAAUCAAGAUUUUGACUGAUACGGUCCUUGGUGGUUCGAGGAUGUUGAAUGCUAAAGCAGUGCCCGUUCCGAAUCAAAAAUUUGCAUAUGUUGAAAUGGAGGAACGAAGAAACGCUUCAUUAAUCCCCAAAAGCUCUGAAAAAAAUUUGAAAAAUAUAGAUUUUCCAGCAUCUUCUAGUGCAACAACGAUCCAUUUAGGAACAAGAAAUAUAUCAGUGGAGAAUAUAAGUUUGCCAUCAACGCAAUUCAUUGUGCCAGAAGGCCGCUCAAAUUUGCCACAAAGAGAACGCCGAAGUAAUCUGUGCAAUAUACCACGUACUUCAAUUGACCCAGCACCACCGGAAGCCAUGCAAAAUGCACCUUCGGAGUCGGUGAAUGAAUAUAAAGCUGAUUUUGCUUCUUCUGAAACCGCUGACAAUGUUGACCCACAUAUCGAUACAGUAGUAGAAGGAGAUAAAAUUUCUGCGCAAUCGGCGAAGGUUACCACAAUCAAACCGUGUGCAGAUAUACGAGAUAUUACAUUUGCGGAAUCUGCAGUGGAUAAUUUAAAAUUUCUCUCGGUUUCGCCACCUCGUUCAUGUACUUCUCUUACGGUGAAGGCUGUUUCGCAACCUCAGCCAUCUUGCAGUGAUAGUGUAAGCGAAGAAGAAGAAGAGGAAGAAGAUAUGAAUCUCGAAGAACCAAUAAGACUCCCUUUCGCAUCUUGUAAACUCAUCUCAUGCCAAGACGAUUCUUCUCAUCCUUUACCCAACAAAAUUGCUUUUGAUCGUGAGAGUUCACCGAUGAAUAAUCAAAAUUCAAGCAGUGUAGUCAUGAAAGAAAAUGAUCCGAAAUUAAUGGAAAACUCUUCUUUAAAAAACGAUUCAGUGGUUGAUAGCAGAGUUACUGGCUAUAUCACUAGUGCUUUGGAUAACUCGGGACAAAAUGGCAUAGCGAUUGUCAUAUCUGAAAUGACCCAUUCGGUUUUGAUUGAGUGGAAACCAGUAACCUGUAUGGCCUAUGCCCGCUUUAAAGAGUCUUUAUCGAAAUAUAACAUGGUCAUAAUCGAGGGAGUCUGGAAUUUAUGUGUAAGUCACGAUGCCACCAAAAUAAACUUAGUAAUUGGCAUCGGCGUUGAUGCGCCAUUGGAGAAAGCUUUCGCUUUUGCCGUAUAG